ACUGAGUAUUAUUUUUGUGUGGAUUGUAAGGAAGAUGGAGCCUGAAGAGCAUGCUCUCGGUGAUCUCCCAAAGCUGAACCAUUUUCGUGUGGAGGAUGCAUAUCAUACUUAUGGAAAUGGAAAGAAGCUGAAGAAAAGUAGAAAUGCAGUCUCAACUAAAGAUGUUCCCAGAGAACCUGUAAAACAGAAGCAUAUUGAAGUUGCUGGAUUUUCUAGCAAAGUCAAACCAAACAAUUUUGCUUUUGUGAGAGAACCCAAAUACACACAACCUACCUACUUUGCGGAUUUGAACUAUUCAAUAAUUAGGGAAGAUAAUAUCUCAGAAAAGUACAAGCAACUCAGAAAAAUAUCUAAUGAAAAGCAACAGGGAAUUAAAACCAAUUUUCGCUUGCCAAAAAUUGUGGAUAAAACGAACCCUUCAAACAUUGUGGGUAGAACGAACCCUUCAAACAUUGUGGGUAGAACGAACCCUUCAAACAUUGUGGAUAGAACGAACCCUUCAAAAGCUGUUAAACGUGACCAACUGAGCUCUGUAUUACAUCUUAAGCAAUCUCAACGCAAGAGCAUUCCAAAACACUUUAGUCCACUCACACAAGCAAUAUAUGCUAAUCGCGCUCUGCAGGAAGAAGCAAAAUAUUGGUCUACUGAUGGUACCACAAAUAAAACGUUACAGGAAGGGAAAUCAAGCAGUAUCUCAGAAAACUUGGACAUCAGUCCACUCACCCAAGCAAUAUAUACUAACCGUGCUCAGCCUGAGGAAGAAGUAAGAUUAUUGUCUACUACUGGCUCAACAAAUCACAAAGGGAAAUCGAACAGUACUAGUACAUCAGAAAACUCGAACAUCGGUCCAUACAUCCUACCAAUAAAUGCUAACCGUACCCGUACUUUUCGGGAAGAAACAAGAUACUGGUCUACUCCAACUGGUACAACAAAUCACAAAGAGAAAUCAAGCAGUACAUCAGAAAACUUGGACAUCCGUCCACACACUCUAGCAAUAAAUGAUAACCGUGCUCAAGCUGAGGAAGAAGUAAGAUUAUUGUCUACUACUGGCUCAACAAAUCACAAAGGGAAGUCUAACAGUACCAGUACAUCAGAAAACUUCACCAGUUCACACACCCUAGCUAACCCUGCUCUGCAGGAGGAAGAAGCAAGAUAUUUGUUUAUUGAUUCAACAAAUCACAAAGAGAAAUCAAACAGUACUAGUACAUCAGAAAACUUGGACAUCAGUCUACACACCCUAGCAAUGAAUGCUAACCCUGCUCUGCAGGAGGAAGAAGCAAGAUAUUUGUCUACUGGUUCAAAUCAAAAGUUACACAAAGGGAAAGCAAACCGUACUAGUACCUCAGAAAACUCGAAUAUCAGUCCACACGCCCUAGCAAGAAAUGCUAACCGUGCUCCCCUGGAGGCAAGCCCUUGGUCUACUGGUAAAACAAAUCACAAGUCACUGAAACAGCCAUCAAAGACUGCAGAUAAUGAAAUUGAACAGGAUGUCGAAAUAUCUCACACAGCAAAUCAAAAGUUACACAAAGGGAAAGCAAACCGCACUAGUACCUCAGAAAACUCAAACAUCAGUCCACACGCCCUAGCAAGAAAUGCUAACCGUGCUCCCCUGGAGGCAAGCCCUUGGUCUACUGGUAUAACAAAUCACAAGUCACUGAAACAGCCAUCAAAGACUGCAGAUAAUGAAAUUGAACAGGAUGUCGAAAUAUCUCACACAGCAACGCUUGGUAACUCAAAUUUCAUUCAAAAACAAGAAUCUCUAUCCCAGCCACAAUAUACCUUACAAAAACCAACGGCGGCUCUGUACGGAGAAAAACAAGAAAAAACAAGGUCUCUAUCCCAGCCACAAUAUACCUUACAAAAACCAACGGCGGCUCUGUACGGAGAAAAACAAGAAAAAACGAGGUCUCUAUCCCAGCCACAAUAUACCUUAGAAGAACCAAUGGCCCUGUACGGAACAACAGCAGCUGGUAAUACUACCAAACCCUCGCAAACUACCAGAAAAUCAGCAAAUAACAUUGUUGCAAAUGCGUUCAACCAAGACUUAAAUGUGCAGCAAGGUAGAAAUGAAUUUCAGAAGAACCGAGGAUUCAGACAAAAAUUAAAAUGGCCACCACAACAAAAACUUUCACAGGAUAAAAGCAAUGAGAAGAAAUCUGCCAAGAACACUGAACAGAAGACCUUAUAUAACAACUCAAAUUUUAUUCAAAAUCCUGAAGAAACGAUGCAGCCGCAACACAAAAACCAAAUACAUGGGCCUCAGUUUUUACAAGAAGAGUUGCCAAUGGCUCUGUAUGGAGCAACAUUAACUGGCAUUACUACCAACCCCUUACAACAUAAUCCCAAAAAACCAACAAUUAUUGUGAAUCCAGUCGAGCAAGAGUUCAAUCUAAAGCCAAGUAGAAGAGAACCUCAAAAAACUCCAGAAAGAUUAAAAUCAAAAUGGCCAGAAGAAUCACCACAAGUAGCUGCGUCUACCAGCGACCAUACUUCAUCCUCAUUUACCAAAAUACCAAAUCACAGGAGCUCUCUGACAAAUCCAAAUACUCAAAGACUUCAUAGGUUUCAGAAUGAUGAAACUCAUAAAAAAAAUAAUGGACAGUCGAUAGUUAAUAAUACAUUAACAAUGGAUAUUAAGCCUAAGGAGUCUUUAAGCAACAAUAGCAAAGAUAAUAUUGCAAAUAAGAUCAGAAACUCGAGUAUAGACAGUGACCGAGGCAGACGAUUUAGUUAUGGUUCGCAGAGAAAUUCUAUUACCACCCCAAUCGAGAAGGAUGGCAGCAACACAAAACAGUUUUUAGCUCCCUGUAUUCUAGUGAACGCUCAACAAAGUCAGGAAAACAACCUAUUGAGCUCCUCUAGCAACUGGAACUCACGUGCAUCUUUUUCAGGAGAGCUUGGACCUAUACAGACGAGAGACUCUUCUCCAGGAGAACUUGUACAGGCAGGAGACUCUUAUUCAGAAGGACUUAUACCUAUGCAGGCUAGAGACUCUACAGAAGAAGGACUUAGAUUGUUGCAGGCUAAAGACUCUUCAGAAGAGUUGGGAUCUAUACAGGCAAGAGACUCUUAUUCAGAAGGACUUGAAUCUAGCGAUACGGGGAACAAGCCAUUACAAGAAGUUGUCACAGAUCUCGUUCAACAGCUGGUUGAGCCACCUUGUGAUCCAGAAGCGCAGCAUAUUAUACACAGUGGGCUUGCAGACAUUAAAGAAGAAGAAGAAUAUUGGCUUGACUUUGAAGUUCCAAAACUGACUCCUGAGCUAAACGAAGUUCGCCCUUUAUCUUUUACUCGUGCUUUUGCAUUCUCCUAUUUCCACUUAUUCGACAUUCAAAAGUCCAACAAUAUAUUACUCGAUCCGUUACCUGUCACCAGACAAAAGAAAAGAUUUCCCAGAAAGAAACCACUAAUAGUCAAAGAGUGGAAAUCUGCUUUUUAA